AUGGGGGGUGGCGGAGUAAACUGUAAGGAAAGAGAGUCGUUGGCCAAUCUGAACAUUGCUGAAGAGGAAGAGGUUGAGGACACAACGGAGGCGGUGGUGAAGGAGCCCAAGCCCUUUGGGUUUGGGGACGAGCCCCCGCCCAUGUCGGUGCAAACCCUCGACAUGCUCAAGCUCACGGCCCUCUACGUCGCAAAGAACGGCAACCAGUUCCUCCAGGAGCUCAUGCAGCGGGAGGCACGCAACUACCAGUUUGACUUUUUGCGGCCAAACCACUCCCUCUACAACUACUUCACCAAGCUCACCGACCAGUACAGACAGGUGCUGAUGCCGAAACGUGAGAUGCUGUCGUCGCUCGCGGACUAUGCCAACGGGUUCAGCGCGCCCCUCAAGCGCAUGCAGCACGUGGCCGCCUGGGGCAAGAAGCUUGCACAGGAGCAACAGCAGCGCGCAGACGAGGAGGAGGCAGAGCGAAUUGCGCGGGCGCAGAUUGACUGGCAUGACUUUGUCGUUGUUGCCACCAUUGAGUUUGGGCCUCAAGACUCUGACCUCCCGCCGCCCGUGGAUCCCGAGGAGCUUGGCGUGCGGGUGAUUGAGAUGGAGCAGGCCGAGCAGCAGCUGAAGGAGAAGUUGGAGCAGCAGCCGCGCGCACGCACCGCCCCGCAGCAGGAGGACGCGAAGGAGCACAAGGAGGAGAAGGCGAUGGAUGUUGGUGGUGAGGGUGGCGAGGAAGUUGCCAUGGAGGUUGAGGAGGAGACAGCGGCGGCAGAGGAGCCAGCAGCACCUCCGCCAACCACGACAACCGCCGCCGCCGCCGCGGCUGGCGGUGGUGACGAGAUCAAGAUCAGGGAGUAUGAUCCAAAGAGCAAGACGCGGCCCGCGGCAGCAGCGGCCGCCGGCAAGGAGGAGAUGCUUGUCUCUCCGCUCACCGGCGAGCUCAUUCCCGCGUCGAAGAUGCAGGAGCACAUGCGCAUCAGUCUCCUCGAUCCAAAGUGGCGCGAGGAGAAGGAGAGGCAGGAGCGUGAGGCUGCGAAGCGGAAGGAGGAUUGGAUCCGCAGCGGGCAGCAGACGAUGGACCAUCUAAAGGACAUUGCUGCCCGCCGUACAGAUAUCUUCGGCUCUGGUGACAUCGAAACAGAGAUUGGCGAGAAGAUUGGCGCGGAGGGAGCAGCAGAGACAGGCCCGCAGCAGAAGCCAGCGACCACCACAACCACCACCACCACAACCACCACGACCAAAGCAACAACCAACACCAGGCCUGCGCCUCCGCCCAUCUCAAAGCCGCCAGCAUCCACUGCCCCGCCCGCAGCCAAGCCUGCUGUCCCCGCCACGUCCGCUCCCUCGACCAGCACCGCUGCUGCGCCCCCGGCAUCGCGGCGGCCACCGCCUCCGUCCACCACCGCUGCACCGCCGCCGCCGCGACCAGGGAUGCCGCCAAUGGGGGGUAUGCCCCCUCGGCCGCGCAUGCCCUUCCCCAUGGGCCCGCCGCGUACCCGGCCCAUGUACCCGCACCACCCGAUGGGUCGCCCCGGGUUCCGCCCGCCCCCGCCGUUUGGGUUCCGCCCGCCCCCGCCAAUGGGGCCAGGCAUGCACAGGCCUCCCAUGCAGCAGCAGCCGCAGCACCAGCUCGUGCAGCAGGCACAGCAGCUGGCAGCAGCCCAGGGUGGGCCGCCCACGAAGCGCAGCAAGACUGACGAGAUGGUCAGCGCCCUCAAGCCCGAAGACCAGUUCCUCAAGGACCACUCGGGCGAUGUGACGGUGAAUGCGACGGUUGGUGUGGAUGACGAGGCCUUCAGCCUCACCUCCGGCACCCAAGUCCACGUCACCCUCCCUUACACCGCCAAGGUGUCUGAGCUCAAAGCCAAGCUGCAAGGUUCGCUGAACCUUCCCGCCAACAAGCAGAAGCUGCUGCUGAAUGGCGUUGCCCUGGCCAACUCCAAGACCCUCGCCUUUUACAACAUCACCGCCGAGUCGAACGUUGAGGUUGGGCUCAAGACGCGUGGUGGCAAGCGGUAAAGGCACAAUUCUCAAGGGCUAGGCAACUCCCGAAACACACACACACACACACACACACAC